CUUCUCGCGGUGCACACGAAACGGCAUCGCACUCUCUGUCCGCGAUCACGGGGACGAGAAGUUUGACCCCGUUAAGUCGGUUCUGCGUCUCUGACACCUGUUGAGUACAGUUGUAAUACGCGACCGCGGCGUGUGUUCGGUAGGUAAUUGUAUCCACUCAUUAAAUAGAAUGUACACGCAUUCGUAUUCUGUAGUAUGACGGUAUAAAUAAAAAAACGUAUUAAUUGUUAUUAUAUCGUUAGUAAACACAUAAAGGACGAUAUUAAAUAUUAUUUCGCGACAAUGAUGACGAGUGUAUCGCCGUCAUGUGUGUAGUUGCUGAUCGUGUGUAUCAUUGGAUAUCGUCGUGUUGUGUUUUUUUUUAAAAAUUAUUUUUCAAAAACCGGUCGUACAAUGCAAUAAUUGAUAAUAUAGUACGAUUUUAAUUUUAUGUAAUAUUAUACUGGUGUGCGCGUGUUGUAUAAUAUAAUUCAUGUGUAUCAAAGACGAACCGUUUUGCAGCUUUGUCAUUGAAUAUACCGUACUGAAUGUAGUUUGUUUCAAACACUACGUAAUAUAAUAUUCGUCGUCGGUCCGGUCCAGUGCAAUUCAGCGAAGUUUAAAACCGUGAAAUAAUUUUGUAUACGCGGUCGCUUAUUAGUUUUCGGUGAGCUGAACGUUGGUAUACAACAUAUAUAUAUAUAUAUAUAUAUAUAUAUAUUGUGCACAUCGGCCGAGCAAACAGUACCGAAAAAUGCCUCGAGACGGAGCCAAAGGCAAACAUCAAUUUAAACGGCGGUUUAGCCUACAGCCGUCAUCGUUUUUCCGCGAUGAUUCAUUGUCGUCAAGCCACUCGUUAGCUAGUGGUAGUGUUGAAAGUGGUCACCACCAUCACGACCAGCUGCAACCACCUUCGUCUUCGUCCGAUUCGGCCGACGUAACGCGGCACAAAAUCGUAGUGAUGGGUGCAGCACGAGUGGGCAAGUCGUCGCUGAUCACGCAGUUUCUGUAUCGGAAGUUUUCAUUAAAGUACAAGCGGACUGUGGAGGAAAUGCACCAUGGCCAGUUCACGGUGGAGGGCGUGAAAAUCGACUUGGAUAUUCUGGAUACUUCUGGCGCAUACGAGUUCCCUGCAAUGCGUGCCCUAUCCAUAUCGUCGGCAGAUGCCUUCGUGUUGGUCUACUCUGUUACCGACCCUGAUUCGUUCCAACAGGCGGCCGCUAUCAGGGACCAAAUCAUCGAGACCAAGCACACAGCAGAUGUACCGAUUGUCGUAGUUGGCAAUAAGCUCGACUUAGCUAAUUCCGACCGAAAGGUACCGUACGAGGAGACGUCGUGUUUAGUGGAAGUGGACUGGGAAAACGGUUUCGUGGAAACGUCUGCAAAAGACAACAUAAACGUGAGCGAAGUGUUCAAGGAACUAUUGAACCAGGCGAAGAUCAAGUACGACCUGGGACCGUCGUUGAGGCGGAACUCGGCGCGAAGACAAUCGUUGCCGUCCGGCGGCGGUUCGGGCCAGGGGUCGAUGGUGCCCACGCCGGCGCAACUUGCUCACCUGCAGAAAAAGGCAAGCGGCAAAGAUGAUGGCGGUGGUGGCGGCGGCGGUGGAGGUGGUGGGAGAUCAAAACGCAACUCGUGUUCGAUAUCAUAAAAAUUAAAUUAAAAAUAAAAACAAAAACAUCAAACGAAAAAUAAUUACUACCACUACUAUAUACAGGGUGUGUAGAAAUAUUCGUAUUUGCCUAACUACGACUGCAUUCUACAAUACUCACAUACCACCACCAUUAAAUACAUAAUUAUUUAUCUCUAAUUUCGACUACAAUAAUUAGGUACUACUUACUACUAUUACUAUUACCACUGCUUCUUCUAACUGUACAUACUUUUACUUAUAUAACUACUGUUGGUACUGUUGCUGGUGCUCCUAAAAUAACUAGCCAUAGAUACUUAUAGUACAACGCGCCUUGUGACGUUGAAAUUCUCAAUUAAAUAAAUGAAAAUUUGUACAAAAAUUUAAAAAAAAUAUAAUAAAAAAAAAACUUGAUAGAAAGAAAACACAUGUGAGUUAAUAUUUAGGUACUAAAAUUAGGAGACUUGAUCAUAUAGAUGAUAACUGCAUGUUGAAUGUCUGUUAAAUUUAAACAAUAUUUUGAAAUUAUUAUCAUUAUGUAACUACAAAAUUUCAGAUGGAUUUCUUUCCAUUGUUAUACUUGACGUAUUACUUGGUUUGUUUAAACUAAAUAUAAAUAUUAUAUACCUAACUCAUUCGACUUAUGAUAAAUGUUUAUGGUUUGUUUAAUAGUAAAUCUAAUGUUAGUUGUGUAGUGUAUUGUUAAGUAUUGUAUUUAUAAUUAAUUCAAGAGUGAAGAGUGAAGAGUGAAGAAUAAUCAUAUAAAAUAAUACCAUUUAUAUAAUUGAAACCUAUGUAACACCUAAAUACUAAUAGGUACACGAAAAAAUACACUUCAAUAUUCAGGUUCACGAUGAUAGAAAUACAAUUAAAUAGGCACCCACGUGUAAUUGAUUUUUUGAGACAAAAUAUCAACGCUUUAUGGAUUUUUACUCUAGAUUGAAAGAUUAAAACAAAAAACAUAUAGGAAAUAAUAUGUAUAUAACUACGUUGGUCGGCUAAGCGAGUAUAAACUACAAGUAAAGUUUUUCUUUAAACGACAUAUCUGAGUUUAUACAUGUGUAUACAGUAUACCUACACAUUGUGUUGUUCAAACUUCGUUUACAGCAACACCGUGAGUAUGAGCAUAUAUCGACUCGCAAUAGCUUUCGGAUUAUUGUAGAGAGAGGGAAAAAGAAUAAAGGAAAUUUUCUUUAUCUCAUUCGCGCAGAUGGUGUUUACGUGUACACGGACUUACCUGAAAAGGAUUUCCUGUCUGUAAGUUUUCAAAGUUAACAUAACUUGUAAAUUGGUCACAAAAUCGACACAGUUGCUUAUGUAGCUUUGUCACUCUAUCAAUUCGGCAAAUUUCAUAUAAAUAUAUGUACACCGCGUCAGGAGGAAGAUUUCAACCGACCUAUACUUCUAUCGCUUUCGUCCUCGUCGACAACCGUACGAAUUGUAAUUAUUUUAUGUCCAAGAUACAUUAAUCUAUGUAAUUUGUUUUCAUUAUUUUAAAAAUGU